AUGGAGAAAAAAGCAUCAGAAAAGAAAAAGGAGAAAGUUACUUCACUCAUUACAGUGGUCGAACAAUGGAAGCAAAAGAUGUGUUAUUUAAUGAAGAGAAACAAAUUGAAAACUCAAUAUUUUCAAUGCAAAGGAACCACAAAUGUGUACAUACACCACAAAGUCAUUGAUUGCUGGUCUAUUCUGUUAAAUGGUGAUGAGACCAGAAAACAAAUGGGAUCUCCAUUAAGAUUCUAUUUUCAAAUAGGAAUCAUAACUGAAGAGAUGACAAAUGAGGAAAUACCAAUGGAUGACAGAUGUAAAAUGUUUGAUCAAAAAGCAACAAAAGCAAUGAAAUUUCAUCCAUAUGCACAAGUUUUUGAUAAACUAGAAUUUGUAGCAUUGAUGGCAAAUUUUAUGAUGGAAGGAGGAUUCAAGAAAGCAUUUGAUUUGCUUACUAAAGAAAUUUUAGUAUUUAAAAUCAAAUGGUGGUUAAAAAACAAUUUUGAGGAAAAUGUAGUGGCAUUAAUGAGACAUAUGGAAUGUUUUCAAGGACAUGCUCAAAGUAGUUGGGAUUGUGACAUUGAGAAGGAUCAAAAGCAACAGAAAGAAAAAUUCACUAAGCUAAGAGUAAAGUAUCUCACAAAACUGCUACUUAAUGACAUCAACUUAAAUAGAAAAGAAAUAGUUGAUCAAGGAAUACAAUUCGAUAAAAAAACAGAGGAAGAGAAAAACACAUUGUUGAAGAAUGCAAUGCAGAAGUAUAAAGAAAGAUUUAAGCUCAUGGAACAUGCUUAG